GGACUGUGAGGUUGGACCGCAGCUGAAGCCUGCCACACAAUCUGUCCGUCUGUGUCAUCCUGGUUCUGAUCACAAACACAAGGACGCUUUUUCUUUUUGUGCUCAGACAGCUUCUGCUCCACAGUCAUCACUGCUCCGCUCUCUAUCCAGUCCACAGUGUGUUUCAGGCACCUUUGAAAGCGACAAAAUGAAUGGCACCAUGGAUGGGAGCUACGACAACGCUCCUCAAGAUGGGUCCUUCAUGUUUACCUCUGAGUCUGUGGGAGAGGGGCAUCCUGAUAAGAUAUGUGACCAGAUCAGUGACGCCGUGCUGGACGCUCACCUGAAGCAGGACCCUGAUGCCAAAGUGGCUUGUGAGACGGUGUGUAAGACCGGCAUGGUGCUGCUUUGUGGUGAGAUCACGUCCCGGGCCAACGUGGACUAUCAGACGGUGGUGAGAGACACUAUCCGAGAUAUCGGCUAUGACAACUCAGACAAAGGCUUUGAUUAUAAAACCUGUAACGUGCUGGUGGCUCUCGAGCAGCAGUCCCCCGACAUCGCACAGGGAGUUCAUAUCGAUCGUCAGGAGAGUGACAUCGGAGCUGGAGACCAGGGUCUGAUGUUUGGAUACGCCACAGAUGAAACAGAGGAGUGUAUGCCGCUCACCGUCGUCCUCGCCCACAAACUCAAUGCCAAGAUGGCUGAACUGAGACGUAACGGGACCGUCCCCUGGCUCCGCCCGGAUUCGAAGACACAGGUGACGGUUCAUUACACCCAAGAGAACGGAGCAGUGAUCCCAAAGAGGGUUCACACUGUGGUCAUCUCAGUGCAGCAUGAUGACUAUGUGGACCUGGAGGAGCAGAAGAGGGUCCUGAAGGAGAAGAUCAUCAAGGCUGUGGUCCCCUCAAAGUACCUGGACGAGGACACCAUCUAUCACCUGCAGCCCAGUGGGCGCUUCGUGAUCGGUGGCCCACAGGGUGAUGCCGGGGUGACGGGCAGGAAGAUCAUCGUCGACACAUACGGUGGUUGGGGGGCUCACGGCGGUGGAGCUUUCUCUGGGAAGGACUACACCAAGGUGGACCGCUCGGCCGCCUACGCCGCCCGCUGGGUGGCAAAGUCUCUGGUGAAGGCCAAACUGUGCAGGAGGGUUCUGGUGCAGGUGGCGUACGCCAUCGGAGUCGCCCACCCGCUGUCCAUCUCCCUGUUCACCUACGGCUCCUCUCAGAAGAGCGAGAAGGAGCUGCUGCAGAUCGUCAAUAAAAACUUUGACCUCAGACCCGGCGUCAUCGUCAGAAACCUGGACCUGAAGAGACCAAUCUACCAGAAGACGGCCUGCUAUGGACACUUUGGCAGGAAGGAGUUCCCCUGGGAGGUCCCGAAGAACCUCAACUUCUAGAGUGUGUUUGUAUCAGUGUGUAUGUGUGUGUGUGUGAGAGAGUGUGUGUGUGUGAUGUAUAGAUAGCCCCUCGUAUUCCUGUAACCCAGUAUGAGAGUGGCAGCUGGGAGGGUAUGAAGGGAUGGUCAGGGUGGGUGCAGAUAAUCGGUGGUCAUUGGACGGAGGGAGAGGCUUCAUCUGUACUUUAUGACUUCGUAGCCCCCCAACAGAAACCUGAAAUAUGAGCUAUUCGGUAUUUUUGUCCCAGAGGUACAGUGUACAGUCACAUGCCUGCAGAGUUACUCAGAGACUAUUUGGCUUUUCUGUCCAGAAAUAAGUGAAUGACCAAAUUUUAAAGGGAGAGCAGAGUGUCAGAGGCUUUAGUGUUACUGUGGACGAUCUAAAACCCUUAAAGAUCUCAUUACCUGUUUCUCAUCAAGUGCUUCGUUAAGACACAAAACGACUCAUUAAGAUGAGUUCAAGACAUACAGCAGAUAUCCCAAAGAAAUGUGAGUGAGUGAAUGUUUAACUGUGUUUUUAUAUGAUAGACGUGUGUCUGCCUUUAAAGCUCUUAAACUACAACAACAAACUUUUAUUCUUCUACAUAUUUUAUCUUCUCCAAAGCCACGUCCGAGGUCCAUGUACGAGACUGAAAUAUUAUCUCCUCAGUUCUAUAUGAUCUUAUUUGAUCUGCUGAUACUCGAUCACACAAGAACCACCAGAAGUUUUAAAGGUUAGUGACUUCUGUUGUUGUUGUUGUCAGUAUUCAGAUGGUAAAUAGUCGGCUCAAACUAUGGCACGUGUACCACUGGUGGUAUACAACGUCCCUCUAGUGGUCUGUGGAGGAAUCUGAACUAUCUUUUUAAAAUCAAAUGAGACAAAGUUCUUAAUGAAAAUAAACUAUAAACUUUUAAUUUCCUGUAAUAUUUUGUUUUGUUUCAGCCUCUGGUUCUUGAACCGGUUCAACAAUCAAUUAUCUUGUUAUUAGGAAUGAUUAGGAAUAAACCUGCCUCCUGUAGCUGACAUUCAGUACAAACUUUAGAAACAUACAUUUAUAUAUUUUUUUCUUGUUUGAGAUGAAAGCCUGAAGUUUCAAUGUCUUCAAGACCGGCAGAAGAAAAAGUCUUAAAUAUCAGUGACUCAUAAUUAGUGAAUCAUGAAGUCUUCCCAACAUUUUUUUUUAUAUAAUAGAAAUCUGUCGCUGCAGCUUUUAGUGAUAAUCUGGAUAAUCUGAGGUCCACUGUGUCCGGUUAAGUUUUCAGUGCUGUUCAGUCACCUGAAAAUAAGGUACAUUUUUUGUCUCCGGGUCGACAUGUUACAGUGGCCCAGAAAGGACAAAGUUUGUUUGUGUUUUAGUGUCUCUGACUGGGUUGUAGUCCACAACUACACCACUAGAUGUCACUAGAUCCAACACACUGGUCCUUAAGAAGUCUUACAUUUGGUAUAAGAUGAAAGUCUUACUAGUUUUUAGAGUUUCAGAAGGAAACCAUGUAUACUGAACCUACAGUCAUAUUUCCUUCUUCUGGUUUGUUUCUUAAGUUUUAAAACAUUUGGCACUGAAACUGUGAAUCAAGACCAGCAGACGCCUGCAAAGCAAAGACGAGACGAGACGAAUGAGUCACAGAAUUGAACGUUUUCAUCGACACGUGUCAUUAAUCCUGGAAAAAUAUGUAAAUAUGAUCUUUGAACAAUAAAACAUUUUGACAAGAGGCUUCGGGAUUUUUCUUUUAAGGUUGCAUGUGAAUGAAAAAUAAGAAAUCGUCUUUAAUUUGUUCUCUGCAGUCUUUAUUAAACGUUCUUGUAAAAGUAUUUCUGUAUAAGAACAUCAUCCUUACUAAAAUAGCUUGGUCCCAUUAAAAAAGGUAAAGACUGUCUUUGUUACUGAGAACAAUGACACAAGGAUUUUUUGGCAGAGUUGAA